UACAAUUAGCAAAAAAAAAGAAAAAGAAAUUAUGUGGACAAAAAGAGGAAGAGGAUAAUGUUGUUGUUGGGUGCAAAGGAGUGUGAAAAUGAUGAGGUGGCAAGGCUCAAAGUUUCCAUCAUCGUUGCAGCCAUUUGAAGCAAAGCCUGUAAGAUGUAGAGUAGUGUCAAUUGCGUACGAUGACGAGAACGAGAGGAGAAGGAAAUGGAAAAGAGUGGACAGAAAAGUGAACUGUGAAGUACAAGUAAUAUCAUGGCGGGAACGAAGAAUUAAAGCCCACAUAACCGUCCAUUCUCAUAUCCAAUCUCUUUGGGACGCUCUUACCGACUACGAGCGUCUCGCUGAUUAUAUUCCCAAUCUCGUGUGCAGUGGCACCAUCGCCUGCCCUCAUCCUGGGCGGAUAUGGCUAGAGCAGAGGGGCCUGCAAAGGGCUCUUUACUGGCACAUUGAGGCUCGUGUUGUGUUGGAUCUCCAAGAAUUUCCUAUCUCCCCAAAUCAUUUCCAGCUCCACUUUUGUAUGGUUGAUGGGGACUUCAAGAAGUUUGAGGGGAGAUGGUCGUUACAAUCAGGCACAGCCCCUGCAACCACGGUCUUAUCCUAUGAAGUUAACGUGAUCCCGAGGUUCAACUUUCCUGCUAUUUUGUUGGAGAGGAUUAUCCGAUCUGAUCUUCCUUUGAAUCUUCAAGCAUUGGCUUAUCGAGCUGAGACAAAUACUUCGAUUCCGCAACAGCAUUUGAAACCAACUUAUCGACCACCUGCAACUACUACUACUACUCACUUUAAUACUAAGUGGGGCAUCUUUGGAAAAGUUUGCAGGCUCGAUAGUCCUUCCAUGGUCGACGAAGUUCAUCUCCGUAGAUUUGACGCCCUUUUGGAAAAUGGAGGGGUUCAUCGCUGUGUUGUUGCCACCAUUACUGUAAAGGCUCCUGUUCAUCAAGUUUGGAAAGUCUUGACAUCUUAUGAGAGUCUUCCCGAGAUAGUUCCAAAUUUGGCGAUUAGUAAGAUUUUAUCGCGAGAAAACAACCAAGUUCAAAUACUUCAGGAAGGAUGUAAGGGUCUAUUGUAUAUGGUACUGCACGCACGUGUUGUUCUUGAUUUAUGCGAACAGCAUGAACAAGAGAUCAGUUUUAAGCAGGUCGAAGGGGACUUCGACUCCUUCCAGGGUAAAUGGCUUCUGGAACAAUUAGGAAGUCAUCACACACUGCUAAAAUACACUGUUGAUUCAAAAAUGCACAAGGAAUCUUUUCUUUCAGAAGCUAUCAUGGAGGAGGUUAUAUAUGAAGAUCUCCCAUCGAAUAUGUGUGCGAUUCGGGAUUACAUUGAGAAAAAGGAAGGCAGGAACUUGUUGGAAAUGGAAUCAGAGUCAUGCAAUGAUGACAUCAAUACAAAGUAUAGGAAUGAAACAGAUAAGAUGAACGAUUCGAAUAAGCCAAAGUCGGUGAGUCAAAGAGCAAGGGUUCCAGGUUUACAGAGGGACAUUGAAGUUCUCAAGUGUGAAGUGAUGAAAUUUAUAGCAGAACAUGGGCAGGAAGGAUUUAUGCCGAUGCGAAAGCAGCUUCGUGCGCAUGGUAGAGUUGAUAUUGAGAAGGCAAUAACACGCAUGGGAGGAUUCAGAAAGAUUGCGUCGUUGAUGAAUCUUGGUCUUGCGUACAAGGGCCGCAAGCCAAAAGGCUACUGGGACAAUCUUGAGAAUUUACAGGAAGAGAUUCGUCGAUUUCAGCAGAGCUGGGGAAUGGACCCGUCAUAUAUGCCGAGCAGAAAAUCUUUGGAGCGUGCUGGGCGGUAUGACAUUGCACGAGCAUUAGAGAAAUGGGGUGGACUUCAUCAAGUUUCUCGGCUUUUGGCACUCAAGCUUAGGCACCCUAAUAGGCGGGCCAAUGUUAUCAGUCCCGAAGAGGAAGAUAGUAUUCAAAGAUUUGGACAUUAAGUCUAUAUUUGGUUCAUAGAAUUGACGAGGAUUUAUUCCAUAUGGUAUAUAUAUUUCAGAUAUUCCAUGAAAUACUUUAUAACUUUUGAGAAUUUAUUUUUCCAGUUAAGAAAUAAACAAGAAGCUAUAUUCAAAA